CCGCGAACAGCUGACUACAUUCAUUCAGUAGCGCGCGACUGGCCGUCGGCCACAGGUUUAAAGUUGUAUUUAUUAAUUUAGUUGCACAAUAUAAAUGCUGAGACGCGUGCUUGCAUUUGGAGCCCUUGGAGCAGGCGUCGUCAGCACUGCGCUGAGUCUCCACACCAACGACUAUGACCUCAACUCGUUGGGCAUUGUGCGCUUGUCGCGUUCCGCUUGCGCGGUCGUCGAUGUGGCGUUGACCUACAAGCGAGAGCUCUACUACAGGGAAUGGGAUAAGACGACGCCCGAAUACAAGGCGGAGAAGAGUCGAGUGCACAAGAUUGCUGCGGAGAAGUUGCUACAAUUGAUAUGCAUCAACAAGGGUGUGUAUAUCAAGGUGGGUCAGCACAUUGGUGCUUUGGAGUAUCUGCUGCCCAAGGAGUUUGUGCAGACGAUGAAGGUGCUGCAUUCGGAUGCGCCACAGAACCCCAUCGAGGAUCUGUAUAAAGUGAUACGACAGGAUUUGAAGCGUGAGCCAACGGAAUUGUUUGAGAGCUUUGAACCCGAGCCGCUGGGCACUGCAUCAUUGGCUCAGGUGCACAAGGCGCGUCUGAAGACGGGCGAAGUUGUAGCCGUUAAAGUACAGCAUCCAUAUGUCAAGGGCAAUUCGCGUGUGGACAUGAAGACCAUGGAGAUGGCAGUACGGAUAUUGGGUCGCAUAUUUCCCGACUUUAAGAUACAAUGGCUGGUCGAGGAGUCCAAGAAGAAUUUGCCUGUUGAACUGGACUUUUUGAACGAGGGCAAGAAUGCGGAAAAGGUUGCUGGCCAGUUCAAGAAAUACAGUUGGUUGCGUGUGCCCAAAAUCUACUGGGAGCUAAGCACGCCACGUGUGCUGGUCAUGGAAUAUCUGGAGGGUGGCCAUGUCACUGAUUUGGAUUACAUUAAACGCAACAAAAUCGACGCUUUUGAGGUGGCCAACAAAAUUGGCAGACUCUACUCGGAAAUGAUCUUUUCCACGGGCUUUGUGCACAGCGAUCCGCAUCCAGGGAACAUUCUCGUUCGUCAGACGCCCAAAAAUGAUUUGGAAAUUGUACUGCUCGAUCAUGGACUGUAUGCCAAUUUGACCGACAAGUUCCGCUAUGAAUAUUCCAAGCUCUGGCUGAGCAUCAUGAAGAUUGAUCGCAAGGCAAUGCGCAAGCACAGCGAACAGUUGGGCAUUACAGGGGAUCUGUAUGGUUUGUUUGCGUGCAUGGUGACAGGUCGACCCUGGGAGACACUGAUGCAGGGCAUCACCAAAGUCAAAUAUUCCAAAGAAGAGAAGAAUACGCUGCAGAGCAACACGUCGCAGGUGUUGCCGCACAUCUCGGAUGUGCUGGAGCAGGUGGAUCGCCAGAUGCUACUCAUACUGAAGACGAACGAUCUGAUACGCAGCAUUGAGUCAACGCUGCGUACACAGAAUCGCAUGGCUGCCUUCUGGGCCAUGACCAAGUGCUGUGUGCAAUCCACAUACGCAGAGCAGCGAGCCCAGGAGACGACGAAGUCGAAGCGUUGGCGCUUGGAGCUGAGCGAACGAUGGGAGUUGUUCAAACUGAAUGUCUACUACCUCUUUUUGGGGCUGAAGGCUGCACUCAAGCAGAUGCUCUAGUCAGGAUGACGAAUGUGGAUGAUGAAGAUUGAUUAAAGUACAAAUUUGUGGGAAA